AUGCUGGAGCCCAGUACUAUCCACAGUUAUGAGCCACCUGCCUACCGAAGUAACCCGCCUUCUCCCUCAGAAGGCUUGCCACCGAGUCUGCCUUUCCAUUGUGCAGUCCUGGAGUCUGCAGAUGCUUGCGGUGGUCCGUCCCCAGCCCUGCUACACUCGCUCCGAGAGCAAGGCUGCAAGCUUAUCUUGGCCCAGGUCGAGGAUGUUGAAGAGGAGGAGCGAAGUCCACCAAGGGAACGUGUAAGCGUGGACACCAGUCCUCUGAAGCGUAAUAGCGCACCCAAGGCCUAUCGGCCCACCUCUCUAAAUCGAGAGUGGUUUGACGCGGUUUUUGAUAAGGUGCUCGCCAUCACUGGUGAGGAAGGUGGAGGAAACAGUCCUCUGGAACGCUUCUUCGCUGAUGAGGGCACACCGUCUUCACAAGCCGUUUGCUUCGCUUGCUCUGAUGCCGGGUCCAAGGCAUUCGGUGCCGUGGAUGCUGGCCUCGUCCUUGCUCCGGGCCAUGACAAAGUGUGGCGUAGGACAGAGGAGGAGGACGUUAUACAGUUGCCUGGCGCAGACUGUGCCCUGUCACAAAGCCCCACAGCAAGGCAGUUGGCCUGGCUUCAUGAGGUAUUCACUCAGAAGCUGUGGUGCUGCUGUAUGUGGCUCGCACCAGCCCCAGAGGAGCUGCGUCACAAUGCCGGGCUCCCUAGCGACAGCCCAUCGGCCUAUGAGCGUGCGACAAUCACAUCCGUGGCGAGUGGCACGCUGCAAGCGCUUGGCCAUCCGCCUUGGGCUUCCAGGUGGGAGACCUGGCAAGAAGGUGAAGAGACCUAUCCAUGCAUGGCCGCUCUGGGCGAUGAGAUGUGUGCAUGUCCGGACUGGACCCCGCUGGAACCGCGCUUCCGGUGCCGAGGGACUCUUCGUGAGCUCGUUUCUCUGCCAAAGGUGGUCUUGUAUUGCCACUCCCUAGAUGUUGGCCUUGCAAAAGUACAUCACCUCAUCGAGGCACAAGAUGUCAACGGAUUGGUCGUGCGUGUGAGCAGCAACCGCCUCUGCAGCUUGUGCCGGGAGGGUACUGCCGGAACAGAGAUGUCGGUGACAUUAGUCGCUUGCAACAGCAAGAACUGGCCGGAUAUUUGCAUUCGCUCCAGCCUGCUGUGCAAGCAUCUUCCGAAAGGUUUCACUUUAUAUGGUCUUCCGUCUGUGGACAUCUCGAGGGGGAAGGCAAUGCUUACAGCAGCAUACCAGGACGAGCAGGGCCAAAUAGUCCUGGUCCGAGCCUGGCAUCGAGUUUGCAAAGAUGAUGGCAGAGGUGAUGUCGAACUAAACGUUGGUGGUGACAUGAACUGUGCAUCGUCUGUGCAUGCUCAGAAAGCUAGCGCCUUCUGGGGGACUGUCCGCAAAGAUGCUUGUGAGGUAGAUAUCAUCUUUUGCAAUCCCCGACGCGGAACCCGAUACACCGUGGAGAAGGUGGUCUCCGUCAUCGCCAACAGUGGUCGGCUGAGGCUCUCCUUGGGUGUCAGCGUUCCAACGAACCGUUUCCAGAAGUUCCUCUCCAGAGCCGAUUCGGUUGCCGGUGAGAUGGAAGAUGGGGAAGACGAGCCGCUGACCUUGCCCGAAGUGGAAGAGGAGCACUGUUCGGCUUGGCGUGCAGAGUGGGACAAGGCUGACAUCGAACUGGCUGGCACGCGCAAAGCGGCUCGAUUCCAACGGGCUGUGAGGCUGUUUCGAUUUCACCAAGUCUCCCGAGACGAGGCGGUGGGAAUUGGAGGUCGGAAAAAGACCAAAGUGCAUUCGCUUGUACGUGCUUUGUUCAAGAACCUCCUGCAAGACCUAUGCUGGGACAGUUCUGGCGACAGACCUUCCUCGAUCGUGACUUCCCGCGUGCUGGUUCACGACCCACGAACUCCCCCAGUGGUGAGGAUAGAGCCAAAGGUCCCUCCCGAUUGCCAUCGAAUGCGCUUCAACGCAGCCCUAGGUUGGAGAUGGCACAGGUUUACACUUUCACCUGGCAAGGUCCAGAUUCUAGUCCAAGGGCCAAUCCUUGUCUCACAGACUUCCGGUGCUGGUCGAUGCCGUAGUGGGGCUCCUUCACGCAGCCUCCAAGAGGCGCAGCUGCACGGUGACACAGUAAACCAGCCGCCCAAGUUCAUCAUACCGACCAACGACGGUGAAGAUGGCGUGGAAGUCAAGGCGAAGCCAUGGCAUGAGGUUCAGGUCCAGUAUGCGCUGACUGAUCUGGGUCGACCAGAUGGCAGCACGGGCGGCUUCUACGGCCUGAUGAGACGAACGCGUUUCAUCAAGCUGGAGGUCUUGCGGAGACUCUUCGCGGAGGACCCCGAGGGGGUGUACCGCCCCGGGCUGGAAGGUGAUUUCCGAGAUGAGACACUGACCCAGCCCCUGCACAAUGCCUUAGCGUCCUUGGAGUCUGCUCCCAGACCUCCUGGAUGGAACCCAGGCGAUGAUGCAGACCUUCACGUGCUGGAAGCAGAUUCCACAAUGCGCACGCGCAUGUUGCUCCAGUACGAGAAGAAUGAGCUGAAGCGGGACAUCUUGUUUCUGAUGGGCCGAUUUGAACAGCGUGAAGGUCGUCUUCAGGUGCCGGGCAGUAGCAGCUCUGAAGAUAUCCUAGUCGAGACGAUGACAGUGCAUGAAGCCAUGUCAAGGUGCCACACGUUGCGUGGCUGCGCUGGCUUCUGUUUUCAAGGUGACAUGACGGAAUCCGCAGUGAAAAUUCAUUUCAAAGGCUUUGGACACGAAGCCGUUGGAACAGGCUGGACGUCAUUCUUCUUCGAAGACGGAGAAAGCGCACUGGUCAAGCUGCUGGCGGAGCAGUACAAGGCGAGUGAAGAAAUUGAUUGGCGGUUGACACAAUGGUGCUGUCCCUUCUGCCUCUGUCUGCAGAAACGUUUCCUCGGCUUCGAGCGAAGCUGCAGAGCAGCGACGUGGGCCGCGAGCCUUUGGAGUUGGAGAGCGGAGAAGCCAAGCGAAGUACACAAGCAUUUGUGCAUGUUGAGAACUGCAGUGAGGUUUCCAGACUUCAUGGUUCAUCAGGAGGAACAUGCAAAAAGUUCUUGA